AUGCAAGUCGUGCUCGCCGCCGCCGCGGCGCUUGCUGCGCCCCUCGUCGAAAUUGGAGAGGGCAGCGUGCCAAUCGUCACGAAAGGCUUCGAGGACUUUGUGCGGCUUCAGAUGAGUACCGGAAAUGUGCCCGGCAUGGCCAUUUCCAUCAUUGACGGCAACAAUACAUGGUCCAAAGGCUACGGUUAUUCGACAGAUGACCAUCACUUUGUGACACCAUCUACUCUGUUUUUCUGUGGUAGCAUGACAAAAUCAAACACAGCAGCUGCGCUGUCCAUAAUUGUCGAUGAUACUGCCAACUCGUCAUCUCCUGUCAGAUGGGACACGCCAGUUUCCAAGCUGAUGCCCGAGUUCGUCCUUUCGGACAAAUGGGCUACGGACCACAUCACAAUCACCGACGCCCUUUGCCAUCGGACUGGGUACCCAAGGCAUGACCUGUCUGGCCCAUAUCACAAUAACACUGAAGAGAUGAUUAGCCGGUUUCGCUACCUGCCCAUGUCUGCCGAGCCCCGCGCCAAGUGGCAAUACAACAACAUGAUGUUUGGUACCAUGGGUCAUGUCGUUGAGAGGCUCAGCAAUACUACACUGGCGUGCUUCUUUAGAGACAGGCUUUGGCGACCCAUGGGCAUGAAUCACACAUAUCUGCACCCAGGCGAGGCGCACGCAAAUGGCGAGGAUCUCGCCACAUCAUUCUACUGGGACAAUGACACACAGAGGCUGUACCCAAUGCCGCAGCACGACGAAUCAAAUCUCGCGGGGGCAGGUAUGGCGGUCUCGUCGGUGGAGGACUGGUCCAAGUAUCUCCAGAAUAUGCUAGACGAGUCGGGUCCAAUGUCCAAAGCUGGACACACCAUGAUCAAAAAGUCACACAUGGUGAUAGACGAGGGCAUUGAUGUUUUGGAUGCUGCUUUUACAGGUCAGGUCAACUAUGCUCUCGGCUGGAACAUGGGCGUUUUCGAGAAUGAACCAGUAUGGUAUCACUCGGGCUAUGUCAACCAGAUGGUUUCGUUCAUGCUCUUUGUGCCGAAUCGCAAGUUUGCAUAUGUUGCCAUGAUGAAUACGAACUCAUUGGCGUCGCUGGAUGCAAUCACAGCCAGGGUUCUGAACGACUACUUCAAGGUGGAACCAAACAAACGGUUUAAUCCUCAAAACGCGUAUGACAAAUACAAGGAAACAAGCAGCAUCAAUCUGGACACAUGCCCGCAGCUAUAUUAUCCGAGCCUAGUCAGCGCGCCGCAAGACCCUGGCGCUCCCAUGGACAACUUCCUAGGCACCUACCACAACGAUGGCUAUGGCUCCAUUGCCGUCUCCCGCGACUGUGACUGGCAAGGGCCAGCAAAUGCACCCACUGUCUUUAGCGUGGCGGACGGGCACUGCGUGCUGCGCGUGCAAAAGGGCAACAGCUUUGGCAACCCGCUGUCGUAUCGCUUGCAGCACGUCUCGGGCGGAGAUUGGGUUGCAUGGCUCUAUAUGGACGACUACCCAAUGGUGAAGCGACCGACCGCCUGCUACAGGGCACAGUUUGAGCUAGACAGUUUGGGGAUGCCUGUCAAUUUUGGAAUUGAUAUGAGAGACGAGACGGCAGACACACCACUGGUGUGGUUUGCCCGCACGAUUUGA